CAUCAUUGUCCAGCUCUUGGGCCUCAAUGGACUGGAUUUAGAGGGUACGACUGCUGCUCCGAGCUGGAUGCCUUGCCACCUCUUCCAACCCCACCUCCCGGCGGUUCUGCUGACGCUUUGGAUGAGAAUGCGACAUAACCCUGUAGCUGAUUAUUCAAGCGCCUGCGCAAUUGACCGUCUGUAGCGCCACUCGACCCGACGCAAGUCCAACUCCGGGAUCCUGCUAGUAACUGACUUUCCAGUACGGAGGCGGUUCAAAAGAACAUGGCCCAUAGCUUUCCUCUGCCACUCAACCAGAAACAUUCCUCCUGGCAUGGAAACUACCACAGAUUCUGCUUCAUUCCCUUUAGAUGUCGAGGGGCAGCAAAGCUGGGGAUCAGGUCAUUCGGGAAUACGGGAAAGUCUUUCUCGUAGAUGGAGAGCCCUGUGCGUGAGAUCCUCUGCACCACAGCGCACCAAGAAAAUCCAGCUGUCUAUUUUGCAGAUCAGCACGCACCAGAAGAAAGCCGUCACACAGAUAUUCGGGGUUCCAGUGCAAGCCCUGUCCGAGUGGCCUGGAUUGUCUGUCUUCAGCGCCCAUCUAGAGGACCAGCUCAAGGAGCUUCUAAAUGACCGCUUCACCGUUAUCUCGAAAAUUCUCAACCAAAGCAAUUCCAUGACGCUCAUCGACCUCUGGCACUGGGUCUCCUUGGUGCUCGACUCGUUUGACUCUCUACAGGUUCAUGACACUGACACUAGCAUUGAGAGAACCUUCCAAGAGAUGGUUCGCCGUGCCGGAAUUCCAGCAGGCGACGUCCUAAUGCAGGACAAGAAGCAAAUCAUCAUUGCCAUGUUCGCUGUCCUUUGUUGGUGUUCAGCCGCCAUAAGACCAAUUCUGGAUGACAAUGGGUAUAUGAGGGCCGACACGGAUGCAUCACCGGUGACAACAACAGCACAGAGCAUUUGCCUCACCGCGGAAAACUCAUCACAAUUAUACUCCACACGCGACUUACGGAGGCCCCUCAGUAAGAUGUUCUUAUCCUUCAGGGGACGGAACAUGGGCAGAGACCAGGGAGAGCCAAACAAUGGCGAUACCCCAACGAGACCAAUGCCAGGCUUCCACUCCGACAGCGAUGUCUUGCACAAGUCGAGCCUGAAUUACUUCUCCUUGUACACAAUCGGCAAGGUCAGACUGAAAUGGGUCGACACACUGACCGAGCACCUGGCCUUCGAUCACUCGACGCGCACCUUGUCUCUAUACCGCUAUCCCUCGCAUUGUGCUAUCAACAUAUUACGCCAAGAUGACCCGAAGGUCCUCAAGAAUAUCGUGGCGAGACUUUUCUACUCAGGCUAUUGCCAAGGAUUGUCCGACCAACCAGCCGCACUAUACCGCGAAAUCCUCCUGUCCUACCGCAUACUAUUCGGUCGGUGUUCCAAGUCCCGCACCCUGCUGCUGCAGGCCCUCGCCCUCCAGGACACACACGCCACCGCCGUCGACCCAUUUCUGCUCACUGUAUGCACGCAAUCCCCUAGCCCGCGUUGGCCCUGGCAGAGGCCUGGCUCAGGAUUUCCCAGUUGUCUCUUCCCCGCGUCGGCGAUUGACGUCAACGGGCAGCUGCAGGAGCUCAACACCUAUUCUGCGCGAGACCAUUUUCCCAUCUUCGGCCACAUGCUCCUAUCCCUUCAGCGCUAUAACCUACGUCAGCAGCCAAGUAGGUUGAGGGACCUGUGGCGCGAUCAGAGGAACCCGCUGCAAUGGUACACGUUCUGGGCGGUCAUUUGGGUUGGCGGAGCGAGUCUUCUACUAUCGUUUCUGCAGUUGAGUGUCGGCGCUGCGCAGCUGUAUUAUGCCAUUAAAUCCCCUUAAAAGGUAGAAUGAGGCAUUGAGAUUGGUUUCAUUUGUAUGUCGCCUUAGAAAGAUGUCAAAGCAUUCACGUCGCCCGAGCUUUGCAGUUAGAGUUCUGUUGCACUGUAGAUCACGAGC